AUGGCCAUCAUGCUCGUCCAAUCCAUUACCCUCCUCCGCCGCAAGUGGUACGAAACAUUCCUCGUAAUCCACAUCGUCUUCGCCAUUCUCGUGGUCUACGCUCUUUUCAGACACACAAGCUUCGACGGCACAAAAUGGAACGGCUAUCUCUGGCCCAUGGUUGCGAUAUGGGGCUUCGACCGCACCGUCCGGCUCGUACGGAUUGCAUACUGCAAUCUCAAUGUUCGAACCGGGAAGUACUUUGCAUCUACAACUUCUUCGACUGUCAAGUACUGCAAGGACAGCGAUUUAGCCAAGAUUGAAAUGUAUCCGGCUCAGACCACCCUGGUCCCUCGACCAGGACAGUUCUACUACAUUUAUCAGCCGAUGUCGUUGAAGGGCUGGGAAAAUCAUCCGUUCACACUCGGUGCUUAUAAUGCCGACUGCAGAAUGAAAAAUGAGGGAAGUCAGCAAAGGUCAAAGUUGAUCUUCUACAUCCGGCCAUACGACGGCUGGACCAGGCGUCUCCGUGAUCAAUGCUGUAAGACAGACGGAGAAGUCCAUCCUACUCUGCUUCUUGAGGGUCCGUAUGGACAUGCAGCUCCAGUUCAUACGUUCGACACUGUCCUGAUGAUUGUGGGUGGGACUGGUAUCGCAAGCGCAGUGCCGUAUAUCAUCGAUCAUGUUUCGCGCGCAUCCAAGCCACAAACCAGGACGACAAGGAUUCGACUCAUUUGGUCCGCGAGACAGAGAGGGAUGUACUAUCAAGUCUUCUGUGAUGAGUUGGCUCAAAUAUUGGAAAAUCCUGACAUUUCGACUACGUUCUUUUGCACUACCGACAUGUCUACGUCGGGGCGUGCUUUUCAGGGAAGCGUCUCAGAGAAGAUUCCCAAGACUGGUGCUGUUGAUACCACCAAGCCUCUCAGUACAGGGAUUGAGUUUCUUCCGGGUCGUCCUCACAUCCGUGGGACUGUUAUGGCAGAAGCGCGGGCCGCGCAGGAUAGUUCGACUCGGUUGGCUGUCUUAGCUUGCGGCCCGUCUCCGAUGGCUGAUGAGUGUCGGGAGUCGGUGUAUGAGGUUAUGAAAGGGGAGUACCAAGAUAUUGAAUACUAUGAGGAGGCUUUUGAGUGGUAG